AUGGAAUUUCUUUAAAAACUUAUAGCAAUCCCCAAAAAUGUGUUUAUGUCUCUAAAAUUAUAACAAUAGAAAAAAAAACAGAUUUAAGUUGCAGAACCUAUCAAAGUUAGUGAAGAUUGCAAAAUUGAAACAUUUGAGAUUGUAGAUUAACAAAGAAUAAUCAAAAAAUAAUAAAUUGCUGAUAAAUAGAUUUAAACAGAUCUUUUACAAUCAAGAACUAUCUAAAGUUAUAAAAAUAAAUAAAAGAAUAAGAAAAAUAAUAAAAAGGCAUUAAAAAAAUAAAGAAAGUAAGAAAAGUAUGGUGAAAAAUAAGACUAUAUUCUAAGUGAAACAUCAGAAAAAACUAAGCCUUCUUAAUAUUCUUAUUGUUAAAAUCAUUUUUUAGAUUCAUUUGAAUUUAAUGUGAAAUAAAGUAAACUUGAAAAUUUGGGAUCUUUUUAUACCGCGAAAAGAAAAUCUUUAAAAUCAACUAAACAACAUAUGCUUAAUGAUUAUUUUAAUAAGAUAAAAUUUCGCUUAGACGAUAAAGAACUUCUUAUUAUGAAGUAGAAUUGA